AUGAAAGCCACCGGUCGCCUUCUAUCCUUCCCCUACAUUGUUCUCACGGCAAUGGUUUGUUCGCAGAAUGUAUCUGCUGACGACACAGAUCGUUUCAACUAUCGUGAAACCGUCGGAAACAACUACGGUCCCAAAGAUUGGGACAAGGUCACUUGUUUGAAUAUGGAAAGCUGCCAAGGGUGGCCCGAUGGAUACGAACUGGGUGUUGGCUGGGAACUCGGCGACAAGAAUAACUGCAGAUGGUGCCCAGCUGAUGGAAAUCAUACCUGUGGAGUGCACCAUCAGUCUCCCAUUGACCUCUUGCGAACUGCAGCAGAAACGGGGCAUGAUACUGAAUGUUACGACUAUCACUGGAUUGCCUACGAAGACGGAGCCUGCAAGUGGAAUCACAUGGUCAAGAACGGAUACACCACUCCAAGUCAAAGUUUUCGAAUCAAUCGUCAUGGACUUCAGAUUGUGACUCCCGUUGAUGAAAACACUGGAGAGCUCCAGUGCGAAGGAUCUACCGGACGCCAAUUUCCCCGUUUGGACUAUCCCAAAGGAUUUCCUGACUGGUGGUACCUUUCUCAUACUGACAUUACCGUGCCAAGUGAACACACGCAGUCGGGAAAACGCUUUGCGGCCGAAGUCCACUUGUCCCAUUUUUAUUCUGUGGAACAUGACACUCGCCAGGUUGGAAAGGUGGCCAUCUUGCUGGAUGUGGAGGACGGUGCAGAACACCGUCGACGAUGGGGAUUCUUGGACAAGCUCAUUUGCCAAUGGCGUGAAGUGGAGGAACAGACUCGUCAAGAAUGUGGUUUGGAAAGUGCUCCUCCAUAUCCAGGUUGCCGUAAUCCUGCCCGCCAGGAGGACGAAGUCAUUCCUCCAGUCAACGAUCCAUAUCCCUUUAUCAAUUGCGAUACCAUUGAAAAUCAUCAACGAAUCUGCAAACCAACUUCCUGCUGCGAAGCGGAACGAUCGAGCACGGAGUAUUGCGUGAACGAUAUUUAUGGGAGGUACGGAGAUGACAUGGUCGGGUCAAUCUGCUGGUGGUGUUGUCCCAACAAGCUGUUGGAUCGUGAAGACCCACCUCCGUCUUUAUUUCCCAUUUCCAGUGGUCCAACUACUACUAGUCCGACUUCUGCCACUCCGUCAACUACCGGCCCGACUACGUCAAGCCCAACUGCUGCAAUUGCUCCUACAACUUCUGCCCCAAGCACCCACAGUCCAUCCUUUUCUGAAGUACCAACAAGCGAAGUGGAAAUGACCAUUUCCCCUUCCCAGUUCCCAUCAUUGGAACCUUCAUUAGUUCCAUCUUCGGUUCCAUCUGUGCUACCUGAUGAUCCGUUGAUUGACUGUGAGCAGUAUGAUGGCCUUCCAGGAAUUGAUAUGCGACGAAUUUGCAAGGAUGACAGUUGCUGCGACCCAGCCCGGUCGGCAACGGACCACUGCCACUAUGUCUAUUCCCUAUUUGGAGACCAGAUGGCGAAAGUUUGUUUGGCAUGCUGUGAUCCUCCGAAACACAUUGGCCCACCACCUCCUCCGCAUCCAACCUAUCCCGAAAUUGAUUGUUCUUUGGUACCGAAUCCAUAUCGCAUGUGCAAACCAAAUUCGUGUUGCGGUCCCGUCCGAUCUGAUUCUCAAUACUGUACCCAGACCUACAUUGACUUUGGCGAGGUCAUGGGAAGUAUUUGCUGGUAUUGCUGCUCCGAGCCAAAGGAAGUCGAUCCAUGGGUCUUGCCUCCAACUGUUGAACCAAGGCCAAUGGAGGGUCCCACCGGACUGCCAACUGGAGCACCAAGCCAUGAACCCACGUCAACUUCCACACGGGUGUCCACGCCCACUGUAUACCCACACAAAAGCAAUGCCCCAAGUCAGUCUUCUAUUUUCAAUCCCCAAACCUCUUCCCCCACUACUACCACUCUAACUCCUAGUCACGAACCCACACUCCACACGCCGUGGCUGUGCUCGGAAUUUGAUGGAACCAAUGGCAUUGAUAUGCGGAGAAUUUGCAAGGAUGGGGGAUGCUGCGACCCGAUUCGUUCUUCUACCGAUCACUGUCACCAUGUUUACAAGUUCUUUGGUGAUGCAAUGAAAGAUUUCUGCUCUGAUUGCUGCCAAAAGGAACUAGCUCCGCCGCCACCAGUCCACAAGGUCUAUCCACCCAUUGAUUGUACCCUAGUGAGUAAUCCUUUUCGGAUUUGCAAACCCACGUCGUGUUGCAAUGAAGAACGAUCGACGACUCUGUAUUGCCAAGACGUCUACGAGACCUAUGGUGAUGCCAUUGGAAGCAUUUGUUGGUAUUGCUGUUCUCUUCCAAAGGAGGUGGGACCGACGGGCUUUCGUCGAUUGGAAUCUGAUGGCGGCACACGCACGAAAAUUGCUCAUGCAAACAGUGUUGACGAGAUUCAAGAGAAGGAUAUCUUGCUGCCACAUGGUCUCUGGACCCAGGACCUCCAAAUGGAUGCAUCCAAUUUCGAAAUUGCAGAUGACAUUGAGGAGCAACACUUGGGCAGCAUCGAAGCGUAUCGAGAGAAAAGAGACGCAGAGAAUGAAGAAAAGCAAGAGGGUUCCUUGCGAAGACUCCAGAGUAGCCAAGCGAGCGGUGACAAUUACAUUAAUGUGCCCUACAGUCCGUAUGAAUGGAUGAGAGAAGUUCGAACGGAGUAUUACUUUCGAUACGAAGGCGCCCAAAUGGUCCCGCCGUGUUUCGAAACUGUCCACUAUCGUGUUAUGAAGGAUCCAAUUCGCAUCCAUCCCAUCCAAUUGGUGGAAUUGGAACGCUUGUUGGCCUGGCGAAUUGCCCCGAAGGGUUCAGGACCGAACGAAUGCCAGCGGGACACUGCAGGUCGGGAACGCCCUGGCAGCAAUGGCAAUGCUGUGGAUUUGAACCGCCCCUUGCAAGACUAUAGCAACAUUCACCGAAAGGUCUUUUGUGAGUGUAUCGAUUGGGAAUCCAAGUGGACCGAGGAUCAAAAGUGGUGCCAACUGGACAAGAAGACUCGAUUCUUUGAUCGGCCUUUCAACUUUCUUUAG